ACUCUCCCUCCCAGACAGGGACUCUAGUGAGAGACCGGGGCUUUGGAAGGUCAGGCCAGGGCUGCCCUGGAUUGCUGGCUAGGGUCUAGGGUUCCAAUGCCCCAUAGUGUCAAAGGGUAAAGUGGGAACAGUAUCAGCACCUUAAGAAGCAGCAUCAAAGAGACAAACCAACUGUCCAACCAGCGAUUCCAACCACAGCUAACAGGCCCAGUGAUAGACAGUUCACGGAAAACAUAGUGGCUUUACAGUUGAGAGACGAGACUUCUCCCUGCUUACUACCUUGCCAUCCCCAUCCCCAUUGUCCGAGAUAGCUGCUGAAUCUCCAGCCAAGACGUCCGCACCCUACAGGAACAGGAAAGGCAUACCACCUGUCUCUAAGAAGACAUUUCUAGAAGUUAUAGUUCUCCAGAAUACGCGUCAUAUAGGUGGAGUGGUGAUGUCUUCCUGAGGGAACCUCCUCUCGGUCCUCGGGUCAUGCAUAGCAACUGUUCUUGACUGGGCCAUUCAUCGAAAACAGGAUUUACCCUGUGAAACAGGGAGAAGACUUAAUGGACUCCAAGCAUCAUUUCAAGUUUUAGGUUUUUUUUUUUUUUUGAAAGUACAGACAUACAUGCAAAGCUCUUGGGUGUUGGGCCCUCUGCUUUAUUAAGACCGCUGUGUCGCUAAUCCAAGAUUGUUCCAGUCUUUUGACCUAUCACCAUGGCUUCAGUUUGGAAGAGACUGCAGCGAGUGGGAAAACAUGCCUCCAAGUUCCAGUUUGUGGCCUCCUACCAGGAGCUGAUGGUUGAGUGUACAAAGAAAUGGCAGCCAGAUAAAUUGGUGGUAGUCUGGACAAGAAGAAGUCGGAGGAAGUCUUCCAAGGCUCACAGCUGGCAACCUGGAAUAAAAAAUCCAUACCGUGGUGUGGUUGUUUGGCCUGUUCCUGAAAACAUUGAGAUCACUGUGACUCUUUUUAAGGAUCCUCAUGCUGAAGAGUUUGAAGACAAGGAGUGGACGUUUGUCAUUGAGAAUGAAUCCCCUUCUGGUCGGAGGAAAGCUCUUGCUACUAGCAGCAUUAAUAUGAAACAAUAUGCAAGCCCUAUGCCAACUCAAACUGAUGUCAAGUUAAAAUUUAAGCCAUUAUCUAAAAAAGUUGUAUCUGCCACUCUCCAGUUUUCAUUAUCUUGUAUCUUUCUUCGGGAAGGAAAAGCAACGGACGAAGAUAUGCAGAGUUUGGCUAGUUUGAUGAGUAUGAAGCAGGCUGACAUUGGCAAUUUAGAUGAUUUUGAAGAAGAUAAUGAAGAUGAUGAUGAGAAUCGAGUGAACCAAGAGGAAAAGGCAGCAAAAAUUACAGAGAUUGUAAACCAGUUGAAUGCUCUGAGCAGCUUAGAUGAAGAUCCAGAUGACUGCAUAAAGCAAGCACAUAUGCCUUCAGCUAGAUCAGCCAGUUCCUCUGAAGAACUUAUCAACACACUUAACUUUUUGGAUGAUGCACAAAAGGACUUGGCCACUGUGAAUACAAAUCCAUUUGAUGAACCUGAUGUAACAGAAUUAAAUCCAUUUGGAGAGCCUGACUCAGAAGAGCCAGUCACUGAAACAGCAUCAGCUAAAAAAAACGAAGAAUCUUCUUAUAAUAACAGCUGUAAUCCCUUUAAAGGUGCACAGACUCCACAGCAUUUGAACCCAUUUGAUGAGCCCGAACCCUGUGGAAAUAUAAAGGACUCUCCACCGCAGUCCACAAAAAGAAAAAACCUGAGACCCGUGGACAUGAGCAAGUACCUGUAUGCUGACAGCCCGAAGAGUGAAGACGAGCUGGACGAAUCCAAUCCUUUUUAUGAGCCCAAGCCAACUUCUCCAAACAAUUUGGUCACUGCAGUUCCAGAAGGGGAGGCUGAAAGGAGAGUGAAAAGAAAGGCCCCUGCCCCACCAACCCUCCCAGCCAAGCCCGGAGUCAGCGAAAGCCCAGUCGCUCCUACAGGGAGGGAGCGCUCCACUUCUCCCAAGCCAAGCCCGAUACCAAGUCCUGUUCUGGGGCAAAAGCCAAAUGCUAGUCAGUCCUUGCUCGCAUGGUGCAAAGAAGUUACAAAAAACUACCGGGGUGUGAAAAUCACUAACUUUACUACAUCGUGGAGAAAUGGUUUAUCUUUUUGUGCAAUCUUACACCACUUUAGACCAGACUUAAUUGACUACAAGUCUCUGAAUCCUCAAGAUAUUAAAGAAAACAACAAAAAGGCUUAUGAUGGAUUUGCCAGCAUUGGAAUUUCCCGUUUACUGGAACCUUCUGAUAUGGUUUUAUUAGCAAUCCCCGACAAACUGACUGUUAUGACUUAUCUCUAUCAAAUAAGGGCCCAUUUUAGCGGUCAAGAGCUCAAUGUGGUUCAGAUAGAAGAAAACAGCAGUAAGAGCACAUAUAAAGUUGGAAAUUAUGAAACAGACACAAACAGUUCUGUCGAUCAAGAAAAAUUCUAUGCGGAGCUGAGCGACCUGAAGCGGGAGCCUGAGCCGCAGCGGCCUGCCAGUGGGGCAGUGGAUUUCCUGCCGCAGGGUGACGCUGUGUUUGUCACUGAUAGUGGAGUAGGAGAGUCCGAGAGUGAGCACCAUACCCCAGAUGACCACCUGAGUCCAAGCACAGCCUCCCCUUCCUGCCGCAGGACUAAAGGUGACCCGGAGCCCCACAGGUCCCAGCAGAGCUCGGGAAGGACUUCAGGGUCCAAUGACCCUGGGGUAAGUUCCAGUACAGAUGCAGCCCAAGCACUGGUUUUAUCUGGCAAGAAGAGGCUCCUGAAAGCCGAGAACUUAGAAUUAAGUGACUUACAUGUCAGUGGUAAAAAGAAGGAUGUGUCUCCACCCUCGAUUUAUGAGCAAAAGCCUCAGAUGGUAAAUACCAGCAGUGACUUGGAACAAGAGAAAAUAGGGAAUUCCAGACCUUUAGAAUGCAGAUCGGAUGGUGAAUCGACUAUCAAAAAGCCAAGUUUAGCCCCUCCUUCUAAACUUGGUUAUUCAUACAAUAGAGAUACAGACUUCACGAAAAAAGUAUGUACUUCUCUGAGGCAGUCAGAGUCUGAUCCAGAUAUGGACAGAAAUACUUUAAAUCAUGCAGAUUCCUCCACCAAAACAGUGCAGGAGAGCCAAGAGUUCAAGUCCAGCCUUAGCUGUAUCAAACAGAAAUUCAAGAGUAUUUCAGUAUUGCAGCACCGAAUGUUGUCCAGACAAGAGGAGCUGAAGGAAAGAGCGCGAGUUCUGCUUGAGCAAGCAAGACGAGAUGCAGCUGCCAAGGCCGGGAGCAAGCACGCGGGCAGCGCAGCCCCGCCGCUCUCCAGCGGGCAGCAAAGCGAUCAGCAAGAUGAAGAGAGACGUCGGCAGCUGAGAGAGAGGGCUCGUCAGCUAAUAGCAGAAGCUCGAUGCGGAGUGAAGAUGUCAGAACUUCCCAGCUAUGGUGAAAUGGCUGCAGAAAAGUUGAAAGAAAGGUCAAAGGCAUCUGGAGAUGAAAAUGAUAAUAUUGAGAUAGAUACUAACGAGGACACUCCUGAAGGCUUUGUGGUAGGAGGUGGAGAUGAACUUACUAAUAUAGAAAAUGACCUUGAUACUCCCGAACAAAAUAGUAAAUUGGUGGACUUGAAGCUGAAGAAGCUCUUAGAAGCCCAGCCACAGGUGGCAAACUCGCUCUCCAGUGCUUCCCAGAAAGCUGCGACUGAUAUCUCAGAGCAAAAGAAUGGCGUGGAAGAUCUUCGGACUGAGCGAUUACAAAAAGCAACAGAACGUUUCAGAAAUCCUGUUGUGUUCAGCAAGGAUUCUACAGUCAGAAAAACUCAACUCCAGUCUUUCAGUCAGUAUGUUGAGAAUAGACCAGAGAUGAAAAGACAGAGAUCAAUACAGGAAGAUACAAAGAGAGGAAAUGAGGAGAAGGCAGCGAUAACUGAAACUCAGAGGAAGCCAUCAGAAGAUGAAGUACUUAAUAAAGGGUUCAAAGACACCAGUCAGUAUGUUGUGGGAGAAUUGGCAGCACUAGAGAAUGAGCAAAAGCAAAUUGACACCCGUGCCGCGCUGGUGGAGAAGCGCCUCCGCUAUCUCAUGGACACAGGAAGGAACACAGAAGAAGAGGAGGCCGUGAUGCAGGAGUGGUUCAUGCUAGUUAACAAGAAAAAUGCCCUGAUCAGGAGGAUGAACCAGCUCUCCCUGCUGGAAAAAGAACAUGACCUAGAACGAAGAUAUGAGCUACUGAAUCGGGAACUGCGGGCCAUGCUAGCCGUGGAAGACUGGCAGAAGACCGAGGCCCAGAAGCGACGGGAGCAGCUCCUGCUGGAGGAGCUAGUGGCCCUGGUGGACAAACGCGACGCCCUUGUCAGGGACCUGGACGCCCAGGAGAAGCAGGCGGAAGAAGAAGAUGAGCAUUUGGAGCGAACUCUGGAACAAAACAAAGGCAAGAUGGCCAAAAAGGAGGAGAAGUGUGCUCUUCAGUAGCCUGCAGACCAGGUCUCUCUCAGCAGCUUAGCCUUAGGUCUCCAGGCCAGGGACAGACUGGUCGACUUAAAACUUUUUAACAUUUUGUUUGACUGGAUUGUACUUCUGGACCACCACCCCUUUUUCCUCCUCUCCAGAUAAUAUACAAAACUCCAGAUAGCUUUAAGGAUUCUUUGUGAGUUAAUCAUGAAAUCAUUUUUGCAACCAUGUGAAGUAGAUUUGCACAGACACCUUGCGAAUGACCAUUGAUGGAGAUGCUCAAGAAACUGUCCAAAAGGGGGGAACGGCUUCCCUCAUCACUUCCCUUCUGUUUGGGACGGGUUGAACAUUUGAAACACAUUUGUUGUAGUAUUGUUGGUAAUAGCAUAAUGACAGUGGGUGGGGGGGCAAAGGGGAAUAAGAAAAUGUCAUGAAUGAUUUUUUUUUCCAAUCCUGCCGUAUGUAACACUGUUACCGGAAUCUCAUCGUUAGAUCAUAUUCUGUAUAUUGACGAAACUGUGUUCCAUUUGCCAGUGCGGUUUUCUGCAACCGUUUGCAUUUCACAUAAAGAUAAUAAAGUUCCUCUCUGCUCUCCUCAGAGGAUGGUCCUUUAAGGUAGCCUGAGAUAAACCCUGUGCUUUGAAAGGUGAACUGUGAGAAUGGCCCCAAUAGCAGUGAGCAGUUUACAAAGACAGCUGUAUCAUCUGACGAUGCGCCAUCUUUUUCUCUGAAUAAUUAUUUAUUACAUCUUGCUUGGUUCCUACUUUCCGUUGGGGCUCAACAUUGGCUCAAGAAUGCUGUUAAUAUUUAUUUCUGUAUUGAUGAAAGUCUGUCUUGGCACUACAAGUAAAUCUCCAAUUACAUCUCUAGCAUAGCACUGUGUUUUGUGAAAAUGGUUAUGUUUAUUUAUUACAAUACUGAGUCAUAAAUUUUCAAUAAAAGCAGAAACUUUCUUACCUUAAA